AGAGCGAGAGAAAGAGAAGAGGAGAAAGGAGAGAGAGAAGAGAAGAGGAGAGGCUGAUGUUGGUUGGUGUUGGUUGGAGGAGACAAGAGAAGGAGAGAGAGAGAGAGAGAGAGCAACACUGGUACAGUAAUGUGUCUUGUCCUGUGUGUGGUGGUGAUGAUGAUGAUGAUGAUGGCGGUGGUGAUGGUGUGAUGAUGAUGAUGAUGAUGAUGAUGAGCACGGCCUAGGAUGAUGUUCCCGCUUGGCUUUCAGCACCGUAUCGCCUUGUGUUUCGGUCGGGGACUUCCCUCUCGCUCUCUCCGGUAUUUGCUUCCCCAUCACCGUUAGAAAGCAAGAGGCCAUUCGAGACGACGGUGAAGAGUUAAAGCCGGAGCCCGGGACCUUGCGUAACCGGCCACCAUGUCGAAUUCGCUGUAACUUUUCCCCCCCCUUUCCCGCCCCCCACCCCUUUUUUUUGGGUUCCUGCCCAAUUUUAGUCCCGUUGAUUUUUCGCCAUCGCUCUCUCUCUCCCUCUCUCUCUCUCUCUCUCUCUCUUUCCAUCUCUAUCUCUCUAUCUAGAAGCGACAGGAACUUUUUAUUGUCUUUAUUGUUUGUGGAAGCACGGCCAUGACUUCUUCCGAGCCGCCUUUGUUCCGGGGCAAAGCCGGUUGCGGCUACGAAAAGGUGUCGGCCUGCAACGAGCGCAACGGUUACGUCAGGAGCUGCGUGACCCCUCUCCGCAGGGACCAGCGAGGGUGCACCCUGUGGGGCAAGAUGUUGCGAAGGUUCCUGAGCGUCCGACUGGUCUCCUCAGCCGUCUGCGUGGGAACGCUCGCCUUGCUGCUGGCUGUGCUGAUGAGGUUCGUCAACGGGGAGAGAAGCAGCCCCGAUGGCGAUCACGACCAUGAUGCCACCGCCGACGAGGGCAGCGAGGACAAUGGCGGGCGCCAGUCUCCUUCGGAAGCCUUGCUGGUCACUUUGCUGCACUCGGCCGUGCCUCUCUUCAGUUUGAUGAGUGCCUUUUUCUGGAUGGGUUUGUACUUGAUCCGCUGCGGGAAAGCCAAGAUCACCGUCUGGCUCCUGGUGGCUUGUUACCUGGGGGAGACACUGCUCCAAGUCGUGCUGGUGGGCGAAGACCAGCUCCUGUCCUUCACGGCCACAGCAGUGGUCCUCACCUCCUUAGCCGUCGCCACCUUGAUGGUCCUCAGACUGAAAGAAGGCGCUUGCACCAUGAUCUUCACCAGCAUGGUGAGGACUGUCUCCCUCAUGUCUCUGGAUAGGGUCAGGGCCAGCUGGAGGCCAUUCCUUGCUUAUUUGAUGGGGAUUUUGGGAAUCGCUCUGGCCAGGUACACAGUCAGCUUCUUGCCGCAGGCGGCCCCCAGAGGCCCAAUGUCCGCGACGGAGGAGAAGAUCCCAGUUCUUAAGAGGAGAAGGAGGUCCAGCUCUGUUAUUGCCGCAGAGAUCUCGAAUUGCCAGCCCAGCUCCAAACCCCACAGGAGGACAUCACUUCCGUGCAUUCAAAGGGAACAGUCUUCAGGUACCAGUGUUACUGUUGACAUCGCUGUGAUGGGAGAAGCCCACGGACUGAUUACAGACCUUCUGGCUGACCCUACCCUGCCUCCCAAUGUCAGUACCUCCUUAAGGGCUGUCAGCAAUCUGCUCAGCACUCAACUGACCUUCCAGCCUGUUCACAAGCCCAGGGUAAACCCAUUAGUGUCCUUCAGUGAGUCUUACACUUGCUCUGACUCGGAGGAAUGCCCGGAAAAGGGAGAGAAGCUUGCCAUCCCAAAGCGGCUGAGGAAGAGCCUGCCCCCCGGCCUCCUACGGAGGAUAUCCUCCACAUGGACAACAACAACUUCGGCCACUGGUUUACCCACCCUGGAGCCUGGCCCGGUCAGGCGAGACCGGAGUGCGAGCAUCAAACUCACGUGUGAGACACCGCUGUGCAGCUGUGGGAGACCUUUCAACAAGUUAAUUCAUAGCGACAGUUCACUGGACAGAGGAGAUCCAUCAGCACAUUCAAUAAGCAGGACGGAUGAUGGGGCACUAGCAACUUCUGACUAUGACAGCACGCAUGAAACAAAUAACAGUGACAGCAGUGACAUUGCACAGAAUGAGGACGAGCAGGAAUGCUGUUCAAAAGAUCUGGUUCAGUCCCGCAAGAGCUCCACAUGCAGAAACCAUAGAUCUGAGGACAUGUUACAUCAUUUGAUUCCACCAGAGGAUAAACCAAUCCUUGCCCCAGAGCCUCUUAUUAUGGAGGGUUUUGAGCCAUUGCUUUCACAGUUGAACAAUUGGAAUUUUCCAAUCUUUGACCUAAUGGAGUUGACGGGUUCAAAAUGUGGCCGGAUUCUCAGUCAGGUGGCGUACAGGCUAUUUGAGGACACCGGACUUUUGCAAAUCUUUAAAAUCCCUUUGAAGGAAUUCAUGAAUUACUUUCACGCACUAGAAAACGGAUACCGUGACAUACCUUAUCACAAUCGAAUACACGCCACAGAUGUAUUGCACGCAGUUUGGUACCUCACCACACAGCCAAUCCCAGGACUACAGACUGUGAUGAAUGAUCAUGGCUCCAUGAGUGAUUCAGAUUCAGACAGUGGGAUCACUCACGGACACAUGGGGUUCGCUAUGUCAAAGACCUACAGUGUGACAGAGGAUCGUUAUGGCUGCGUUAUCGCCAAUAUUCCUGCCUUGGAGCUGAUGGCUCUGUAUGUAGCUGCAGCCAUGCAUGAUUAUGAUCAUCCAGGGAGGACCAAUGCCUUUCUAGUGGCAACGAGCGCCCCUCAGGCUGUGCUGUACAAUGACCGUUCCGUGCUGGAGAACCAUCACGCCGCAGCAGCUUGGAACCUGUUCAUGUCAAGGCCAGAGUACAACUUCCUGCUCCACCUGGACCACGUAGAAUUCAAGCGAUUUCGCUUUCUUGUGAUUGAAGCCAUACUGGCCACAGAUCUCAAGAAACACUUUGACUUUCUUGCGGAAUUCAAUGCCAAGGUGAAUGAGGAAGUGGGAUCGGGUAUUGACUGGACAAAUGAAAACGAUCGCCUGCUGGUUUGCCAAAUGUGUAUUAAGCUCGCUGACAUCAACGGGCCUGCCAAAUGCAAGGAACUCCACUUAAAGUGGACUGAAGGCAUUGUCAAUGAGUUUUAUGAACAGGGUGACGAGGAAUCAAGUCUUGGACUUCCUAUUAGUCCUUUUAUGGACCGUUCAGCUCCUCAGCUCGCAAAGCUUCAGGAAUCUUUCAUCACACAUAUUGUGGGGCCACUAUGCCACUCCUAUGACUCGGCUGGGUUGAUACCAGGACAGUGGGUGGAAGAGAAUGACGAAGAGGAGGAGGAGGAGGAGGAAGAUGAAGAGGGAGAAACGACAGAAGAAGAAGGAAUGGAAGCUUUGGAAACAACUACAAAGAGAGAACACUGCAGGAAACGAAGGAAAAUCUUCUGUCAAAUUACUCAACACCUAAUGGGUAACCAUGAAAUGUGGAAGAAAGUCAUUGAGGAGGAAAGGAAAGCAGAACUCGAGGAACAAGAGCAGUCUUCAGUUCAUCAAAGCUCCGAGACAAUACAGGCCAUCACCGAGGAGGAGGAGGACAAAGAUGAAAAGAGUAAUGACAAUUCAGAAGAGAAGUCCUCGCAAACACAAAUCAAUUCAGAGCUAAACACAACCGACAAAAAGUUAGAAGGUGAUGAUAAAAAUGACUGAAUUGUGCGUAGACUUUUGUCCCAGCACAAUCCUUUGACAGACACAACACUGUAGAUUUAUAGGACAGUCUGCCUACAGCUGUAGUGGUUUGAAUUUGCCCCCCCACAAAAAAAAAGGCGGAGGAACAGGACUGAAUGAAUCUUCUGUACUGCAGCACUGGCUUCUAUAGACUUUUAACACUUAAAUGGUUUACCGAUAGGAUCGCGGUGCAUUUCAGUAACUUGUCUGUUUUGUACUGCUUUUUAUAUACAUAUAUAUAUAAUAUAUAUGUAAAAAAAAACAACACUUGCUCAGCUACCACAGGUGGGUGUCAAUGAAAGAGAAUCUGCUUCUUUCUGAAGGGUAUGGUAUAGAAAAUGCUGAGGUACUGUAAGACUUUUUUUGCUUUUACUCUACGUGGGGUGAAAGAUGAAAGCAGAAAACUGAUAUAGCCUGCCAAUAUUUUUUGUGUACAUAACCUUACGGCUCACCAGCUUUGUUUAAGCAAUCUCUAGUCUAGCUGUAGUACUUGGAUAUUGAAAAAAAUGAACAAAAGGUUUAGGAAAAAAAUGUCAGCCACAACAAUAGGUCAUUUCACUUUAUAAAUGAUCCACGCUACGAACCAAACGCCUAGUCAAACGAUUUAUAUACCCAUUUGGAAGAUUUAAUUCUUGAUUCACAUCCAAUGCCAAUUCUUUCCAGAUGAUAAUUUACUGUAGAUAACACAGAGAAUGUUUUCUAUUUGGGUUUUUGUAAAUAUCAGGAUCUCAAAACAAAUUUUGUGCUUUUAUAAAGAUGGUGAUGACAACCUCAAAUUUGACAGACCGUUCUUUACUAUGUACGCGGUUUAGUACCUGCAGUUGGGGGUUCAAACGUAAUUUUAACAGGUGAUCAUGAUUUGAACUCUAUGUGCACCGAGAGUUAACCCUGUACACACAUUUUACUACUGAUGGUACUGAUAGUAGUUUGUAAUCCCAGACUGUCUGAGGCCACUUUAACCACCAUUGCUACAAUGAGUGGCUGUAAGGUUCCUUUGGUGAAUUGUGUCAUAUUUCCUUUUAAGAUGUGAGUCACUGUGUGACCAUAAGGUGUUGGACAGUCUAUUAGACAUCAAUAUUUUAUAUCGGUAAGACUUUGGCUUUGGCUAAUUCUACACCAGGUGCCACUUGUGUGAAGAUGAAUCAGAUUGAUUUGGGUGCCCCUUUUUACAUUCUUAACAUUUCGUAUAAUUUCAUAUCCUUCAUUGCAUUUUACAGUUUGUGGAUUGCUUGAGGCCAAAAAAAAGGAGAAUGAUAAAAAUGCAAAUGAGAUUUAAUGAACCUAAAACUAGUCGGGUGACAAUGUUUCAGACACGUGUAGAAUUGUGCUUUUAAACUCUUUACAUAAUGACUCCACGAGGAACAACGGGGGUAGAAAUUCCACUGUGACUUAGAUUUAAAAAGCAUUUCAAUCCAUGACUGUUUGUGGGACGCUGC